GCAGUGCACCUGUACACAAGCUCGUCAUACUGUGCACUGAACAAGGGUGAAUUUCGUGAUGUGUAAAUGACACCUUCAAGCUUUAAAAAUGCAGGCAUUUCUUCAAGAAUAUUGUGCAAAGAUUCACUGCUUCAAAGUCCUUGCUGGGGGAGAGAGCAUCUGGAAUUGCUCUGGAUGCUGAAUAAGCCCGAAGGCUCCUCUGACGAAGAGCAAGAGUCUGUCCAGACGCUGAAGGAAGCUGACACUUCCACGUGGCUCCAGAAGGCGCUGUGAGCUGCAGGGUCCAAACAAGGCUUCUCAUUAGUGCCACCUGCAGAGACAGAAGAGGAGUGCCUGGCCAUUCGAGGAAACUCCUGACAGCGACACAAUGACGAGAGCAGAGGUCAGCGAGGUGGACUGAAGGCUGCCACUGCUGCGAAGCAACAAAGGCUGGGCGUGCUCAGCAGCUGUGGGGGCACAAGAGCCACCUCCACAAUGGAGAGAUUUCAGGCUGCAAUGCUGCUGGGGAGUGUCGGGGAUGCUCUCGGUUACAGAAACGCCCGCAAGGAGAACAGUUCUACAGGCACGAAGGUCCAGGAGGAGCUGCAAAAACUCGGGGGGCUGGACCACCUUGUGCUGUCCCCGGAGAAAUGGCCUGUGAGUGACAACACCAUCAUGCACAUGACCACAGCUGGGGCCCUGACCACAGACUACUGGUGCCUGGAUGACCUAUACCGGGAGAUGGUGAAGCGCUAUGUGGAAGUCCUCGAGAAGCUUCCAGAACAUCGAGCAGACCCAGCUACUAUUGAAGGCUGCUCGCAGCUGAAGCCCGAUAACUAUCUCCUGGCCUGGCACACACCUUUCAAUGAGAAGGGCUCGGGAUUUGGAGCGGCCACCAAAGCCAUGUGCAUCGGUAUGCGGUACUGGAAGCCGGAGCGGCUGGAGACCCUUAUUGAAGUCAGCAUCGAAUGCGGCCGGAUGACGCACAACCACCCCACAGGCUUCCUUGGGUCGCUGUGCACAGCCCUGUUUGCAUCCUACGCCAUACAAGGAAAGCCACUCGAGCAGUGGGGGAGAGACAUGAUGAAGACGAUCCCACUGGCUGAAGAAUAUUGUAAGAAGACCAUCCGGCACCUAGCAGAGUACCAGGAGCACUGGUUUUACUUUGAAGCUAAAUGGCAGUUUUACUUGGAGGAGAGAAAAAUCAAUGAAGACACGGGAAGUAAAGCCACCUUUCCUGACCAUUAUGAUGCAGAGGAGAGGAACAAGACGUACAAGAAGUGGAGCUCAGAAGGUCGAGGAGGACGGCGGGGCCAUGACGCCCCCAUGAUUGCCUAUGAUGCCCUCUUAGGAGCCGGGAACAACUGGGUGGAGCUUUGCCACCGGGCCAUGUUUCAUGGAGGUGAGAGCGGGGCGACAGGGACCAUUGCGGGCUGCCUGUUCGGAUUGCUCCAUGGCCUGGACGCUGUUCCCAAAGGCCUGUACCAGGAUCUGGAGCACAGGGAGAAGCUGGCGCACCUGGGCGAAGCUCUUCACCACCUGUCCACAGAAGAGAACCCCAAGAGUGGCAAGAUUUGCAGCAAUAAGACACCCAUUGAUUCCCAAGCCCUCAAAAAGAAGGUCAGUAAGGUGACCUGUGACCCCGCUGUACGUGCUAUCCUCAGCAGCCUGCUGCUCUACAUCACUGACCAUGAAGACGGGCCCCAGGAGCAGACUCCCACCAAGAGUGCAGAGAGUAGAGAAAGUCAGGUGAGCCGCAAGACUGAGCCCCAAGACACCAACCGGCGGCCCACACGCUUUCAGCUCCUGCAGGCCAAGUUCAUGGGCACUGGCCGGGAGCCCUACCUCAAGAAGACCCGAGAGGUAGGAAAGCUGAUCUUCAAGGACAAGCAGAGCCCAGGAAGGAGCUUGGUGACUGCCACCGUCAACAAGCUCCUGGAAAAGUCCAGGGAGGGGGCCAACGGCUCAGCACGGAGCCGGGAGCCCCUCUGUGGUGAUAAGCCCCGGUGGGGCCUCCCUGUCGGGAAAAACACUGUGAAAAACAUUCUGAAGAAGUUCUUGGCCGCAGAGGAGAAGGAGGCUGAGGAGAAGAGGGUGCAUGAAAAGCCUCCUGCAGAGCGGACCAAAGCCAAGGGCCUCCUGCCAAAGAUCAUAGGCAAGAGGAGCUCAGUCCUGUCUAAGCUUCGGGAAAAGUUUGAGCAGAGCAGUUGUCUUUGCUCAGAGGCCAGCAUGUUGCUGCUCCGCACGGAGGAGCGAAAGAAAAAGAACCUGCAGAGGAAGAAAAUGCACAGGCCAGAGAUCCGCGAGCUCUGCAUGGCCACCAUAGCCAGCACCUGCAUCAGGAUGCCCCCGGCCCACUUUCUGGCCUGCUCAGCUGAGCCUGUGCCAGCCUUCAGCAUUGCCACAGUCGUCUGCAGCCCCAGAAGCUGGCUGUCCCACUGUGCCAAAAUCAGACACUCGGAUCAGGGACACAUGCCCCGAAGAGAAAGAGGCAGGUCUCCCAGUGCAGAGGAGACAGAACCUGGUGGGAACAAAACACUAGGAAAGGGGCUGCUUGGUGAGGGGCCAGCACAGUCCUCAACACCACAGGCUACCGCUCCCAGAGACAGUCUGGAAACAGCACCCCCUGGUGCAGGACCUGAGUGUGUCCACAAACCUUCCCCCUUUCUUGCAUCCCCAAGGGGCGAAGCCAUUCCUGGCCUCGAACCUGUGUUAUCCCUACUUGAACCCGCCAGCCCAGGGUGCACUGGGGUAUCGGGAGGUGACAGGAUGCAGGGUCCCCAGGCAAGCAGCACUACAGAUGAUACCCAGGAAGCAAAGGGGGCAAGAGUGGGCUUGUGCCCUGGACCCUUGGGCGAGGGAGCGGAGGAGGCCCCUCAGGUGGACUUGAUAGUUUGCAGUUCAGAGGAUGAAAUGGAAAGAGUGAUUUCAGACUCAGAGCAAGACCCCUUCUUCGCCAUCCAGAAGAAUUUCCCAGAACAAACAGCACCAGGACAUAUCCCACCGCUCCAUGCAGCCACAGCCCAGGCCACCCAGCACACAGAGUCAGCCUUCGAGCCUCCAUUGAUAACUGUCAAACUUCCUGUUGUCCAUGAGAUGCCACCCCCUCCUGUCAUGCUGCAAAAGGCAUCAGGUAGUGAAGACCAAUGUUCCAAUGUUCUGGGAGGAGAGAGUGUGGUUGAAAAUGUACAAGUGCUAUUUCCCACUAUGACUGACAGUAAAAGUGCCAACCUGGCCAAGACCGGAGUGAGCAAGCUAGAGGGGACACCCGGGAGACUCAGCACCCCUUCUCAGCGGGGCUCACGGGCAGACCUAAGCCUCACAACUCUAAGGGGCGCUGCCAGUGUUCAUCACGACAUCCCAGAGGCAGCUCCAACGCUGAAACCACAGAAAAGUCCCAUUGGAGGAAAGGAAAACAAAGGAAGUAUUGGGAAUUCAAACAAGCUCAAGAACCAUAAGGAUAUUUCAAGCAAGGAUGUUUCUGAGCUCAGUUAUGAGAAGCACCAGUUGUCAGAAUCAGAUGAAAUGCCAAUCCGUGAUGAAGACACCCCAUCCCAUCAUUCCACAGCUUCGGAAAAUCGUCUGAGAGGAAACAGCCACUCUGUCCCUGAGAGUGAGCUAGUGCCAUCUCCCAACAAGAAUAACUCGAUGGGCAUCCCAACGUUGGUGACGGCACCGGCCGAAGAUUGGACAAGGUCUGAGAGUGUGACCACAGUGGACAAGAACACCCUGCAAGAGCAAGAACGCAGGAAGCCACCAUUAACUGAAUCUGCCCUGCCCCUGCUGAUGGCUGAAGGAAGCACCACCCAGGAUCUUGAUGAGAACAGACCAAGCUCCUUCAAUGAAGGCCCAAAACCAAGUAUUAAAGCCCCCAGGUCGGCGACAGCUACAGGGGCCACCAAGAGUCACACAGCACCAGAGCCAGGUAACAUCCUGAAGCCCAAAAACAGUAUGUCUGAAGAGUGGGACACUUUGCACAAGGGGGAAUGCAGCUCCUCGCCAACAAGUCACAGUUUUAUAACAGAGGAUCUCAGUCAGGAACCCACCUGCCACCUCUUCUUGACACCAGGUGAGCCCUCAAAGCUCCACAGCAGCAGCGCAGCAGAGGGACGCGUCUGCCAAAACUUGGGGGAGCGCCCACGUUCAACCUCACAGUCCUCGGAGGUGCUGACCGCUCUCCCACAGGAGGUCACUGGCCCUGAGCUCAUGCCUAACAAGUCCCGAGUGGGGGUUUCAAAUGAACCAGCAGCAAGCAAAACAAAUACCACAGCUCGAAGCAGAAAUACUAUAGCUGCACAAACAAGUCCUCGGGGGAAUAACACAGAGUCCCCGGUUCCAACCUCAAAUCUCCCCGUGCAACAGGGAAGCAGUGUAGCCAGGUCUCUGCACGACAGUUUGGGCAAACUGCCCUCACCUUCCGAGAACCAACAGGCCAAGGACGAGAAGCACCUCAUGUCUGAAAAGCAGCUCCCUCUCAGCACUGGAAUUUCCAGUCAGUUUCCAUCAGUGCCACUGACAGCAGCAGAAGGGCAGCAGGUGGAUGGGGCACCCCAAAAGUGUCCUGACCUCCAGGCACACCUGCUGCCUGCAUCCCGCAUACAGUCUGGCAUCCUAGAGGAAAUAAAAGUCGGGAAGAGGCCACAGCUACCACAGGCAGGGCUGGGGAGUCGAGAGGAGGGGGCCUCAGGGCUGGUGGGUCUGAAGGGUCCUGGACAGAAGGGAGUAGCUCCUUCGGGACCAGAGGAAAUCAAGGUCAGGGAGAAGCCAUGGCCACAGGCAGACCUGGGGGGUCAAGAGGAGAGGGCCUCAGGGGCUGUGGGGCGAAAGGGUCCAGGACAGAAGGGAGUAGCUCCUUCAGACCAGAAGGCCACAUUGCGUGGCUCUGAAGAGGCUCAAAUACAGACCAGGGAUGGCAAAGUGAGCAACAUGGUGACUGCUGAAGUGGAGACUCCCUGCCGACAUGCUGAGACAGGUCCAGAACAUCCACCAGGACAAUGGGUGAGGACUAGAGAGGACCCCACUCAAGGACACAGUGCCCACACUGAAGAGAACCAAGCACCUUCCCCCCUAGAAAUGCCAGGGCGCUUGGCACAAGCCCAGGACGGCAGGAUGGCAUCCCACAACUCCGUGCAGCCCACAGGCAGCUCUGCAGCAGUGGCGCCCCCUGCAGGUACAAGCUGGAAGUCCCACAGACCAGCACCCAGGGACCGCAAGGGGGCACCUGGAGCGCCCGACGAGGUGGGAGUACACUCUCCUGAGGUGGCCAAGGGCCAGACAUCCUCCCACCCUGAGCCAGCACAAGGCUCUGCCAUGCCGACGCCUGAACCUGGGGGCUGCCAGACACCCCAAGACCCAGCCCAGGAGGCGCCCCCAGACAUCCCUGGGGUAGGGAGAAGCUCUCUGGAUCUUGAACAUCGAAGAAAGUCAGCACACUUGGCAAAAUACAGAGCCCAAAGCUUUUGCGACCAGAGGUCUUUUGAUUUGUCCUUUCGGCCAAAAAUUACCAGGGCGAACGACACGUUUGAACUUGCAAAGUGAGGGCCCCCAGCUGAUGAGCCAUGGACAUGUCUGAUGACUCAGUUUUUGCUCCUCACUCAGGUUGUAGACUGUUUUCCCACCUCCAAAGGAGCACAGCGUUGAACGUCCACAUUCAGAGAGGUCUGUGUAGUCCUUUCCUUUCACUCUUACAGUAAUUGACCCCAGGACGAUUGAAGUUCCAUAACUAAGGACAUUCUUACCUAUAUGUGCUGUGGAGUUCUGCACCUUUUUCUUAGUGCACAUGGGCUUCUUCCUGGGAGAUCUGAACAGCGAGGAUGAGGAAUGUAUUAGGCACACCAGGCGUUUGUCUACCAUGGACCCGUUCUUUAUUUUACUUGAGGCAUCUUCACUUGGAGUGCAUCAAACCACACACUUCUGUCUUCUCACAGUGUUGUUUUUAGCACUUUUACAUUUGGUGAUGAACUUUUCACGUGUCUAUUCUGUCUCCUCAUAGGGGGCUUGGACCAACUUUGGUCUUUGAGGGCACUUCUUUCCUUGCAGGGUCAUCAGCAGGCACAGAUGGGGCCAACCUCAGACUGUGGUCCUUACCUUGCUCAGACACAGCCAGAGCCACCCCUCAACAUAGUGUUGGGCAGGUGACUGCCCCGAACCAGGACCCACAAUACAAAUGCAGACACCUGAUCUUGGUAGCCCUGACACAUUCUGGAAGAAGGGUUAAGAGCUUCAAUUUCCCGCAGCAACUCCCAGUGGGAUGGCUUGGGUCCAUGACCCCCAUCUGGCCAGGAUGAAGGUCAGGAAGAUGAAGUUAGGACGUUGUGAUCCGGGCUUUGGCACCUCCUCUUUCUGCUUAGGAAGGUCAACACCUGGGCUCAGCUGGGCCAGAGCAGAACAGACCACGGGAAAUGCCUGAGUCAAUUCUAGAAGGAGGUAAGGAUGCAGGUCGAUUAAAAGGUCGUUUUCAACACUGCUUCCAGGUGCACACAUUCAAGGAAGGUUUCAUUUAGAAAAACGGGUGUGGUGAGGAAAAUAAAACAUCAGCCUCUGUCUUUCACUGUCAUCACAGCAGCCUCCAUGGGGUCUCUGAGUCCUGCUGGGAACCUGGACAGCAUUGCUAGUUAAUGACACGAACACAAUGCUCUCUUGUCCUGCUGUUACUCUCCUGAAAAACAUAUGAGUGUUUUCCACCACUCCCCAAGAUGUUAUAUUAUUCCAGUUUAUUUUCAGUCACUAAGAUAAUGUCUUUUCAGUCUUGAAUAUUGUAUAGCAGUAUAAGGAAGGAAAUAAAAUCACCGAUAAUAACACUACCUCAAGAUAAUUUUUGUUAGUACCUUGGACUUUUUCUUUCCUCAGCAUCUCUUCUAAAGCACAGACACAAUUGGGGUCAUAUCUCGUGGACAGUUUUAAAAUCUUAAUGUUACAGCACAUGCAUUUUGGAGAGCUGUGCAGUGGUCUUUGAAAACCUGACAUGUGUGCUGCUCAAUUCAUUCUGUGGACGCACCUGGGCCACGAGUUUUCAGAAGGAACCGACGGUGUGACUCUCCCCACUGGCCAGCACACUGUUUUCGAUGACAUCCUCUUGUGGAACAUGGAUUUCUGCUUUUUGAAGACUUCUUGAUGUUUGCUAACUUUGCAGCUGAGCAAUUUUCUAGACAAUCUCUACUUGUCCUGGAGAAGCUUACUUUGACAUGUGCUAUUAUCUUUCUUAUUUAACGAUGUAAGUGUUCAUUUAGAGGAGGGUGUUUUCCGAUUUAUGAUUUGAUAGGGCGCUUAGAAACUGGGUUUGUCAGUGUCCAGGCUAUCCAUGCCGAGCCUGGGCCGCUGUGGUACAGCCACCCUGGACAGUUCGGCCCGGUGCGACAAACAUGCACUGAGCAGGGUUAAGCAGGAACCAUGAGGUUCACGCAUGAUCAGCUGGGCUCAUUUCCUGCCGCCCUCCUCUCUCUAAUCAGGCAAUUCAUUUAAAACCUGGCGGAUUGGAAACUCCUCAACUGCAAUGUCAGGCAAGUCUGAGAGUCCCACAGGAACUCUCAGAUGGGCUGGCCCUGGACCUUGGUGCAGGGUCUCCCUCGGUCACCCCUCAGAGGGCACCUUGGGGUGUUCCUCUGUAAAGCAGGGACAGCGCUCCUGGCUUACACAUGAAGGUGUCCGCCUGAUUUACUAGUUGUUAGGAGCAUGAGCUGGUAUGAGUGACGGUUCCCUGCAUGGACAGCACUGCCCGGUGUCUAGUGUCUGGGCACCUGGAUGAGGACCCCAACUUCUUGGAGGCAGAACCCUAGGGAGGCGCCUCACUUGGCCUUUUGCUCCCACUUGGGGUUGAGGGCUGCCCAUGGACAGGACUGGGGCCACUGGCUCCAGUGCUGUUCCCUGUCCACUAGAAUAGGGUGCUUUUUCUCUGAACGCAUGGACUCUGGGGGUCCAGCAUGCCCCUACCUGCCCCCCCACCCCCACCACCAGAGUUCUGGGAAGGCUGCAUCUAGACUUGGGCAAAGCUCAAGAGGCUCAUGAGACAAAUAUUCAGGGAGGGGUCCCAGCAGAGGUCCACAGGCGCGGGGCUUGUUACGGUCCCAUCCACCACACCUGUUCUCAGCCAGGGGCCUUUUUGUUGGUGCUGGGAAGGUGACUUCCUGCUUCUUUUCUUUCUUUCUUAAUACUUUGUUUCACAAAGGAUUUGAGGCACUAUUUGGCAGAGAAUGUGAUGACGACAGAGGAUAUAAAAAUAUUAUAUUUACUGGGUGUUCCCUUUUUAAAAUAAAAUAUCUGGCAAGCACAGGGGGAGUCUGUGCCCCAGCCAGCAGGCCACCUGCUCAGCCUAAGGGGCCUUGCUCUGCUGUCACCAAAUACAGUUGCAGGUUAUCUUGCCCUGCAUGCCAAUGUUGGGGUGUCGCCAUAGAAAAGAAUCGAGAGUGAUUUUUCAUGAGGACUUAUGAGUGGUCAGUGCACUUUCACAUUAUACAGAGACCAUAAAGUCAAAGGAUGGCUUUUGAAGAGUUCACACUGUAGACAUGACUGCCAUUUCUACAAAAGAAAGACCCACGUGGCAUCCUGGGUUAAAAUAAUUAUUGCAGAGGGGUUUUCUUUUCAAUUAAAACCCACAGUAAAUAUUUAUAUAAGCUUUUUGGUUGACAUACUUGAUUUUGCACGUCAGAGUAGCUUACACAUCACUUUAGGUUUUUACAGCUCUUUCAACAGUUUAGAGAUGUAUCUGUGAGCCAGCCACGUGUAUGGUACGUACCCUGCAGGGAAAGU